AUGGCACCUCAGGUCACCGAGCGGCCCGGACGCUCUCUGCUGCCCACCAUGAUCCUCUACCUGCUCUUCCCCGCUCUUAUCUUCGGUUUUGUGGAAUCACAAACAGCCAACAUGACAGUGGAAGAGUUGAACAAAGUUGAGGGCAACCAAACAUUCAGAGAGCUCAUCACUAACAGUACAAUGCAAGCAGGCAACGUGACAUCCAGUUUGUACAUAGACGAGAAGAGAGUCAUAGAGGACGAACUGCAGAACAACCAAACAUCUGUUAUCAGAGAGGAUAGCGAGAAUUUCCAGGACCAGGAAACAGAGUUUCCAGGCAGAUACUGCCACGAGGAAGAACUGGAAGUGUACAGUCACAGCUUGUGUGGAGACAAUUUUCGCAUGGAAAUGACGUCAAUCAGCCCAGAAAAGUGGUGUGUGCUUGAAAAUAUUAUCAGACCGUACAACACCAUGACGGUGUGCUUGGAGUUAGUGUCAGAAACAUUUGGCUGUUAUUACCCAAACUCCAUCAUCCAGGCCUUAUUCAUCUCCAUCCACUCCACCUACUUCUACAACUGCUCGUCCGGCACAGAGAUCCAGCAGCAGCCUCCGUCUGAGGACGCCCCCCAGGCCGUCGUGAUCGCCCUCACGCUCAUCCCCGUCAGCCUCAUCCCCGUGCUGGUUUACCUGGUGGUCUGGAGGAGUGAGAGCGGCUCCAUCCCGCCACAAUAAAACCCACAGUGUAUGUUCAAUCCUCCAACCGCCAACAAUACGACCACACUGGUUGUUUGUUUUUGCACUCUAGCUCUGGUCCUUCACAACGUGUCAGCAGAGAUACGAUGAGAUCAGAUCAGAUUUUAUUUAUCCCACAGUGGGGAAAUUUAGUCGUCACAGCAGCUCCAGAAACAGACAAAUAGAUAUAAAAAAAUAAGACAUAUACUGUACACAUUAUAUACAUACACGGCAUAUUAGGGCCAAGUAUAAGAGGAAAAAAAUACAGACUCGGGGAAGGGAGGUAAUAUUUCAAAAGACAGUUGCAAAUUUCUGAGAUUAGAGUGACAAAUCUACGAGAGAAAAAAGUCACGGAUCUACGAGAUUAAAAGUGGCAAUCUGCAAGAAAAUCUGCAAGAA